AUGAAGACAAUAAAAUUUCUCUUAAUGGGCAAUAAAAAUGUGGGUAAAUCUACCCUUUUGGAUACAUACCUUUGGAAAUUGAAAUAUGGUAUGGCCUAUCAUGAUCACAUUAGCGAAGAAAUCCGUUAUAUAAUUGAUGUCAUCGAAAUCGAGACUGUCGAGGAAUUGCGAUCACAUUUAACCGAACAUAUUGAAAUGAAAAAUAUAUAUUUUGUUUGUUUCAAUGUCAACGAUCGGAAGACAUUACAUACAGCACGUAAUGAAUGGAUAUUGCAAUUGCUGCAACACAAUCCAAAAACAAGAAUAUUCCUUGUGGGCUUACAGUGUGAUUUGCGUGAUCAAAUUCUAACGAAAUUAAAACAGGACUGUGUUAGUCACAGUGAUGGAGUAACGAUUUCACGAUACUAUGAAAAUGUUCAAUAUUUGGAAUGUUCGAGUAAUAGACUAGAUAGUGUUGAGAAUCUAUUUGAUAAAGCUAUUAAAAUUAGAUGUGAUUGUGAAAAUGUUUGUGAAGAGUGUGAGUAA